AUGGAAGGCUUGUAAGCAACUGAUCCCCCACCUCGCAAAACAAUAACCGUGCCCGCCCUCUUCCCAAUGCCCACCUCGCGCCCCUGCCCCACCCCCGCUUGCUUUUUGCAACAGUCCCCUACUGUCCUAAUACUGUAAUGGCACAAGAGGGUGGGGGAUGCGUGCGCACGGGGCAUGGCGUAAUAAACGUAAUAUUCGCGCCACUCAAAGGUCACUGAAACUAACAUGUCGCUCCCUUACAUGAAGUUUUGCAGAUAAGUUUGCUUGCUACCGUAAUGCAGGAGAAUCUCAUCAAGGAGAGUCCAAAAAUCAGGUAGCUGCGUCGAUGCAUUCGAUUGAAAUGAAUAAAAGGUGCAUCGCACAAUGCCUAGUUCAUUAGGUGGUAGCCAUGGAGUCACGUGCUGGCAAAAGGUGGAAUUUGUCGCUCGGGAGUGUGCGACUGGAGUUUCAGUCAGGAAGCCAGUUUAGCCCUACCUCGCAAGGCUGUUGUGAUAAAUGGGCCACGCCCACAUCCAUGUAUCAGUGGAGGAAGAGUGGCGAUCGCAUGCAAAAAAAGCCUCAUGUAUUGCGCACAGCUUGCCAGGCAGUUGGGUCGCUUGUGAGGCUCGUUUUGAACAGUUUAUAACAGAUUGUUGGCCAAUUUGUGCUUUUCCUGACAUCUCUUUAAGGUACAGAUAAGACAUCUUGGUACUGCACACUUGUAAAAGGCCACAAGACAUCUGACGGAGAAGGAAAGCAAGGAAUGGGUCUCAUUCAGGGAGACUUUGGCCAUCUCCCUUUGCAAUCCUGUGCAUGUUUAUUUGCAAGUAAAUGCCAUUCAUUUCCCACUGAGUAAGCAUGCAGAGGAUUGUAGCCUUAGCAUUUGCCCCAAGGCAAAAUGCAUAACCUCUUCAUAGCACAUGUUAGAUUCUCUGUUCAAUAUUCUAAAAACGGCACAUACUUGCUUUACGUGACCUUUGAGCCCCUUUGUGCUCUGUUUUCUCCCUCCCUACCCAAAAUCUGCAGCUACCACAAUGAGGCCAACACGUCAUACAUCCAAUGUAAUGGGCUUUUAGUCUAUCGAAGCUUAUGUAUGUCACACAAACCCAUUAGUCUUCAAGGCACGGUGAGCCUCCUUUUUGGGCGCAUGCGAUAACAGACGUUAUCCCUACAGCAUCUUUGCACUGCCUCCCCGCUACCCACCCAGCGCAAAUGUCAUACUGAUGUUGUGGAAAUAGCAAUUGUGCCUAAUGUCACUGGUGGCAACUAUUGAUUAACCCUUCAGGGGUUGGUUGCUUGGUUAUGGCUUCAGUGCAUAUCCCUCCCCUGCGUAUAUAAGCAGCAUGAACUAUGGAAAACAAGAAAUGCUACUCAGUUAAUACAGGUUGAAGAAUUCAGAUUUUGUCAGGAGACUGUUUGGUUGUUGCUGUUUGGAUAUAUAAAGUAUACACACACCUGUCUAUGCACGUUCCCACGGCAGCCCCCAGGCUCCCCCCAAAGAAGCCUACCGUGCGGCAAUGGUGCUCUCUGGCGCAGGAGAUGCUCUCGGCUAUCGCAACCAGCGCUGGGAAUACUGCACCUCAGGGCCGCAGAUCCACCAGGAGCUCCAGGAGCUGGGGGGCCUCGGCAAGGUUCGGGCAGCCCUCCCUGACUGGCCUGUCAGCGACGACACUGUUCUGCACCUGGCGACGGCCGAGGCUCUGGCCACAGGUGAGUAGCAGGAAAGGCUGGGCAGCCUCACAGCCUUUUCUCAGCAGGUCCUUGUUCCCUGCGGAAUAGCAUUUUUCUCCUACAGCAGAGCUUGGCCUACAUAGGGCCGACUCAAGGUAUGACUGAGGCAGCAGCGUAGCGUGGGUUGUCAGCACCCGGGGCAAGGCAAGUAAUUUGCGCCCCCUAACCCCUAACCUGCCGCCGCUGCCAGCUUCUUCUUGCUGCUGCCUGGUCUGGUCUGGUGUGGUUCUCUUCCGCGCUCAGCGCUGCGCUGGGCGGCCGCUGCACUGUCCCUCCCCCAGAUAGUCCCUCUCUCUCUCUCCGCACCGCACGCCUGGCACCCACCCCCUCCACAGUGGGCGGCGACCCAGCGGCUCGGAUCGGAUUCGCACAGCCAGCACUGCAGUGAGAGAGAGUGAGUGAGCCAGGUAGGGGCAGAGAGCUGCGAGUGCGAGCGAGCGCCCCCCAGAUGUUGCGCCCGGUGCGGCCGGCCCCCCCUGCACCCCCCACGCUACGCCACUGGACUGAGGGGGUUCUCCUCAGCAAAGUGUCAUCUCUUGGGUCUCCUAUGCCCAUAGGUUCACUUGUUCGCAGCCAUGGCGGCAGCUCUCCAGUCAGCAAUGGGCAGGAAGUCCUGUUGUGGUUGUUGUUGUUGUUAAAAUUUGUAUACCACCCUUCAUCUGUAGAUCCCAGGGCAGUUCACAACAUGAACCAACCUGAGAUUUUCACAUGGGGUGUGGUGGAUGUGGGAAUGCAGAGGAGAUUUUGUUAAAAUUGAUGCAGAGAACUUCUUCUCUGUGUUUCCUCUAUCCAGGGAAGGAAGGGGAGCCGCUGUUCCAGGAGCUGGCCAAACGCUAUGUUGAAGCCAUGAACGACAUGGAAGGGAGGAAGCCUGGGCCCACGAGCAUUCUGGGUAACUUACGACGGCACUCCUCUGUGCAAGUUACAGCAAUAUAAUUCUCUUCAAAAACAAAUACAUCCCUGCUCCGUACCCAGACGGAAACUGAUCCGACACUAAGGAAGCGGUGCUGAUGUUAAUAGGCAAAGAGCUUUGAAGUGUGUGGAGGUGGGGUGGGGACCUUCACUGUGCCUUAAGGUGGUCUUGUGAAAACACUGUCAAUGUUGUUCUUGUAGUACAGUCAUACCUCUGGUUACAGAUGCUUCAGGGGUUUUUUUGGGAUUAUGGACCUGCCGAAACACGGAAGUACCGGAAUGGGUUACUUCCGGGUUUUGGCGGUCGUGCAUGUGCAGAAGCGCUGAAUCGCAACCCACGCGUGCGCAGACGCACCGCUGCAGGUUGUGAAUGUGCAUCCCACACAGAUCAUGUUCGCAAUCCGAGCGUCCACUGUACUCAACAGGAAAGAGGAUUGGGGCAAAACUCAAAUUAGUUGGCUUCACUUGGCAUUCCCUUCAGCUCCACCUCCUGUGAGUUUCCAGGACACCAACCCUCUAUGGGGGGAAAGCAGACUGAACAGUAGUGAUAUUUUGCAGAAAAACUACAAAAGGGGGGAAAGGGAAGGAGAGAGGAGCUUAGGACAGAAGGCCAUUUUUAGGAAAAACCACAGAGUAAGGUCAGGAGGCCUAUUUUCUUUCCACCCUAUAUGUUUCUUCUACUUUAGACGGCAGACUCUGCAGUUGUAUUCUGUGAAAUAAAUGAAAUGUCCAGGGCUGCCUCCAUAUGGCUCAAGAGCACAAGCAGUUUGGCCCAUACAUAUCUUCGCAUGUCUCUCGUUUUCAUCCCGCCUGCAGGAACAUCUCAGUUGCGUCCAGGGGAGCCAAACGGAUAUCGCAUUCCUUUCAACCCCGGUGCCACAGGUUGUGGUGCCGCCAUGAGAUCCAUGUGCAUUGGGCUCAGGUAAUGUGGUGUGCUGUGGUGGGGGGACACACAUAAGAAAGGACAAAGCUGGGGCCAAGCGGGAAAGCUGAAGGCCAAAGUCGGACUCCAGCAUGACCCCCAGCCGCCAUCUCUCCCAGGUAUCCUCGCCCUUCAGACCUGAGCACUUUGGUCCAAGUCAGCAUAGAAAGUGGAAGAAUGACACACCACCACCCCACAGGUAACUGAUUAUGUGCGUAGUCGUCCUGUGUCAGGGCGCCUUUCCCGGCAAUGGUACAUAAAAGGGACAAUUCUGAGAUGGGUGGGAGGCCUUUCUCUAUGACUUGAAAGCUGUGGGUGUGUGGGUGUUUGGAGUAGUGGUCAGUGUGGGUCUUGGGGCUGCAGGUCUACCCAUACAGAUGGACAAAACCCUGAAGUGGUAGAAUAGGGACUUCAGGCUGCAGGUGGAGGAUCCUCUGUUUGAACACCCCUUGCAUUGAAAUUUCCCUGAAAAUUGAAGCCUAGUACACUAAGCAAAGAGCCAGAGUACGGUUAUCCAUGAUGUGUUCAUUUUCUGUUUGCAGGGAGUUUUUAAUACAGAGGAGUGUUCAUAAAGUGCCACCCCCCAUUUGCAUUCUGAAGCAAUAUCGUCAAUUCUACCGCUUCAUUCCGUGACAUGUGUAGACCCAGCCUAAGUAUCUUGAGGGUGACGGCAGAUGUGACAUUUUAACACAGGUCAUCCUGGGUCCUUCACUUUUUUUUUGCAAUUUAUGUACUACCAGAUAACACACCACCAGCAAGCAAGCAAAAAUGCCUUGCCUCUCCCUUAACACUGCAGGAUGGCAAUCUGUCGUUGCUUCUUUUUCAAAAAUUAAAGUAGAUUCUCUAAGUGUAUGUAUAUGUACAUUUAAAACCUGUACCUCUCACCUUAUCAAAUAAUUGGCAAACAUUUUCAAAACUGUUGCCAAACUGCUCUGGGGGAAGUCGUGGGAUGGUGAUGUCACAGGCGCUGUGCAAUAGGCCCUCUUCAAAGCCAGCUUUACCUUCAAACUGAACUAAACGGGGGUGGGGGGGUGGGAUGUAGAAAUAUUUCCCCCGUCAGGGAUGAAAGAAGGCAUAUUUGUAUUGAACCAGUGAGUACUUUUUAAAAGUUGAGCUCCCUGCUAAGCCAUAAAGUCUACUUGCCUUGGGCAAGUCUCUGUAGCUCAGCCUAAUCUACUUCUUGGAGCUGCAGUGAGGGUAAAAUUCCUUGAGGGAUCCUGACUUCCACCUAUCCUCUUCCUCUGUUGUAGGCUAUCUAGGAGCUCUGGCCUCUGCUCUGUUCACUUCUUAUGCAGUGCAGGGCCUCCCCCUUGAGCGCUGGGGAGCUGGAUUGCUCAGGACCCUGCCCCUUGCUUUAGAGUACAUUCAGACUGCUGCAGCUGAGAGUGACUCCAAUGUGGGGGCCUGGGCUUAUUUCCAGGAGAAAUGGGAGUGGUAAGUCCUUUGGGUGUGCUCUGGUACGGCGAAGGGGGACCUGAGUAACUGGAGGGUGUUGUUAUUUUAUUUUUUUAGGAUAAUGCAGUUGAAAGCUUUCCCCUCUUUUUUCCAGUGUGCAUCUUUUAUCAGGAUGUCUAGAAACUUGCUUUUGUAAAAUGAAUAAAUGAACAGCCAGACUUUGUGGUGAAUGGAGAGCUGGAGCAAUGUAAGGUUAGAGUGCUGGAUUAGGAUCAAGGAGAUCUGGGUUCAAAUCCCUACUCAGCCAGCAACCUCUGAGUGAAUUUGGCCAGCAACUACCUAAGCCUAGCCUACCUCCCAGCUUUGUGAAUAUAAAAUGGAUUUUGGGGGUGGGGCGGAGGAAGAUAAUCGGUUGUAUCCAACAAAAUCAUAAUCAAAGUAGACCCAUUGAAAUCAAUAGACCCGACUAGUAAUUUCCAGUAAUUUCCAGUAAUUUCAGUGGGUCAACUCUGAGUAAAUUGGAGGCAACCCAGCAAAUGCUAUCUUGAAGGAAAAACUUAAAUCUCCUUGUCAAAAUUGAUUGUCCAUUAUAAUUUUAAUACACCCCCCCCACCGUGUUCCUACUCUCUUUAUGUACCCAAUUGGAAAAAGGAGCUUUUAACAAAAUUUGAAGGGGGAGGUUUUGACAAGACAACAAUUCAACAUUACUUUCAAACAGAACUUAAGAUUGAGUUUGAUUUUUAAAACAAGCAAACAGCAAAAUUCAAAGCUGAAUUCAGGGGGGAAAACCUCAAUGUGAAGGCAAAACAAUAUCUUGGUUCUAAUAGUAAUGUUUAUCAGGUAGGUCAGAGUAAAGAGAGUCAUUGUGGUGCAGGGGUCAUUCUGUUUAUUUCACUGUACAUUGUGCCCUCAUUGGCUCUCAAGGAGGUCUUGGAUUCUUGGCUUUUUCACUUUUGCUCUCUAACCAUUUAGGUACCUCUCUGAACGGGGCCUGGCUACGGGUCAGGGCCCUUGUCUGUUUCCUGCUGCCUAUAGUCCUGCUGAGCGUGACGUCAUCUACAAAACCUUCAGCCUGGACGGGUGGGCCGGACGGAGCGGUCACGAUGCCCCCAUGAUUGCAUACGACGCCUUGCUGGGCGCAGGGGAGAACUGGGAGGAGCUCUGUAGUCGUUCCAUGUUCCACGGGGGUGAGUCGAAAGGAGGCAAAUCCUGCCCCUCCCCCACUGUAAAAGUGGCCCACCCUAAAAGUAAAGGUAAAGGUACUCCUGACCAUUAGGUCCAGUCGCGGACGACUCUGGGGCUGCGUGCUCAUCUCGCUCUAUAGGCCGGGGGAGCCGGCGUUUGUCCUCGGACAGCUUCCGGGUCAUGUGGCCAGCAUGACUAAGCCACUUCUGGCGAACCAGAGCAGUGCAUGGAAACGUCGUUUACCUUCACGCCAGAGCGGUACCUAUUUAUCUACUUGCACUUUGACGUGCUUUUGAACUGCUAGGCUGGCAGGAGCUGGGACAGAGCAACGGGAGCUCACCCCAUCACGGGGAUUCGAACCGCCGACCUUCUGACUGACAAGCCCUAGGCUCUGUGGUUUAGACCACAGCGUCACCUGCGUCCCUGGCCCACCCUAAAGCUGGCUGCAUUACAUAGAAUUGUAGAGUUGGAAGGGACCCCGAGGAUCAUCUAGCCCAACCCCUCUGCAAUGCAGGAAUGUGCAGCUGUCCCAAAUGGGGAUCAAACCUGCAACCUUGGUGUUAUAAACACCAGGCUCUAACCAAACUUGUUUUCUCGGUGUGUGUGUGUGUUUUCCUGCUCACCCACAGGGGAUAGUGACUCUACAGGGGUGAUUGCUGCCUGCUGCUGGGCUCUGGCUCACGGUUUCAGAGGAGUCCCAGAAGAUAACCACAUAGCGCUUGAAUACCGAGACAGGAUGGUGGCUGCAGCUGAUGCCCUCUAUCACCUUGCCUGGGGACAGACUCCUGUUUGA